AUGAAUUUGACUGAAAUGGAAGCUAAAGUUCGUGAAGCCACAAAUAAUGAACCAUGGGGUGCUUCGUCGACUUUGAUGCAACAAAUUGCAGCUGGAACUUACAAUUAUAGAGAAAGGGAAGAGAUCGUGAGCUUCAUAUUUCGUCGUUUCACCGAAAAAGCCGCUAAUGAAUGGAGGCAGAUAUACAAAUCAUUGCAAUUAUUAGAAUAUUUGAUUAAAAAUGGAUCGGAAAGAAUUAUCGAUGAUGUGAGGGCGAACUUAUCAUUGAUUCAAAUGUUAAAAUCAUUCCACUACAUCGAUUCUAAGGGAAGAGAUCAGGGGCUUAAUGUUAGAAACAGAUCUAAGACAUUAAUAUCGUUGUUGAAUGACGAUGCAUUAAUUAGAUCUGAACGUAAAAAGGCAAGAAAUAAUGCAAAGAAAUUCGGCGGUGUGUCAUCUGGUGCAUUUGGUGGUGCAGCUUCAAUUACACCCGGAUCUAACCAUGGUUACGAUGAUGACUACACGAACAAGGUUUAUGGUGAUGGUGGUGUUUAUGGGGAAAGAUAUGAAGAUCCGGCUGCACAAUACAAUAGCAAUUCUAAUGAUAAUUUUGAAGAAUACGAUGUUGAAACUUCAAAAAGUUCUUCUAAACCAACUACUGGGUCGUCAAAGGUUCAUGCAACCGCAUCUUCAUCUUCCAAAUCUAAGCCUCAACCUCAAGAGCCACCACAAGAUUUAUUGCAAGAUUUAGUUACAUUUGACGAGUCUAGCUCCUCUGCUAAUGCAAAAUCAUCAGCUCCUGUUCAAGAUGAUGAUGACGACUUUGAUGAUUUCCAAGCAGCCCCAUCGCAACCGCAGAAACCUAAUAUUUCCAACAGCUUAUCAAACUUAUACCAACAACAGCCACAACAGCAAAGCUUUUUCCAACAACCACAACAGCAAAGCUUUUUCCAACAACCACAACAGCAACAAAACACAAUGCAACAACCACAGCAACAGUUUAGUAAUGGAGCUCCAAGCUAUAAUAAUAUAAACACAUCGUCGAGUUCUGCAACUACUACUGGGCCUGCCAAAUCAUCGAACAACGAUGCAUUCUCAUCUUUGUUUUCUUCUGCAAAAUCAAAAAACAAGACUUCAAGUCCUUCUGUGAGCAGCUCUAAAAAAGAGCAGAAUGCACCUGCUGCUACGAACACUACUAACGAUGAUGAUUUCUUUGGUGAUUUCAGCUCCAAUAACACUUCAACUGCAAAUGGAAAUGGUGCGAACGCUAAUAGUAGCAAUAGUAAUAAUAAUGCUAACAGCAACGGUGAAAUUGAUUUAUUAAGUUUCUAG